UCCCGCGCGGAGCAGAUGCAGGCGCUGCAGGCGGAGCGGGCGCCGCGAGGCAGAGCGGCGCUGCAGGCACAGCAGGCGCGCAGGCAGGAGGAGGCGCGGACGGCACACGCCGCGCAGCAGGACGAGCUGGUGCGCGCGCUGCUGGCGGGCGCGCACGAGCAGCAGAUCCGGCAGCUGCAGCUCACGCACGAGCGGGACACGAAGCAGCUGGAGGGGACCCAGGCCAAGCAGUCGAUGGAGGAGAGCAAGCUCAUCAGCCAGGACCGCAGCAUCAAGAACAAGGCCGAGAGGGAGCGGCGACUGCGGGAACUGAUCGCCAACAACACCAAAAAGUUCGUGGAGGAGAGGAAGAGGCUACAGGGAAGCAGGGUCGGGGAGAUGGAGAUGAUCCGCAAGGUGCAACAGGAGCAGCAGGAGACUUUGCGGGUGCAGCAGGAAAAGGUCAAGCGCGACAUCCCCGAGGUGGCAGGGAGCCGGUGAGCGGCACCGGCCGUGGACGCGGGCGGGUACGGCGACGCGGACGCCGCGGGUUGCGGGGAGCUGGCCUCGUUGCUCCGCCGAUGCAGCAUCGGCCACGGGUGACGUUGGGGCCCCGACUGCCCGGACGCGGCGGUUGUGGGAGGAAAAAAGUGAACGACGUGAUCUCGGAUUCACCCACGGUCCACUUUUUAAGGCGUCUCGUGGAGGAGCCGUCUAUUCUCAGAAGUGUGAGCCAUUCGCACACUCUGAACAAACUGGAAUACUAUAAAACUUUUAUUAAAUGAGUCGAUUUUUUUUUUAAUCCGUGUGCCUACUAUAUACCGUUCUCGGGCAAUGGCUUUUAUCAUUUUAAGUAUAUUUACCAAAUGGUUGUGAAUAAUAUAUAUGAUAAUGUAGAUUAUAACAACUGAACAUUAUCACAUGAAUAUAAUGUUGUUGUGAAACAUCGGCCUGACGACUGUGGCCGUUUUACUCGCAUGGGAAGAUAAAAAGCACAUGCUCUCCGCCAAUGUGACUGGACCAUUCCCGCGCACGGCCCCGCGUGCCGCACCCCGGACGAUGAGCGUAAUUGAGAGACACCAGGACCCGCGUUCAGCCCGGGGAGCUCUCAGACCGAGGAGGUACUUCGUUACCCCGAGUUUCUCCCAUCCCACACGGCUCCCGGUUGAUGCUGCCACUCCUCUCUGCGGCUAAUCGUGCGAUCAGCGCUCAAUCGGGGAAGUGGAAACAGUCGCCGCAACUAGUGGGGAAAGACACCGAGUCGGUGGCACCACUGUCUCCGCAGAUGUUUUAUUUGUAGAAAGGAUCCGUGUCCAACCGAACUCUCCCUGGGUUACGCUGAGCCAUUCGUGGUCCUUCCAAAUGCCGCAUGUUCAGCUCUCGGCUGAUAACAAUGUGUUGGGAUGCCUUCUCUCGUAGUAAUGUAAUGCUCUAAUUUUAAGGGUUUGGAUAGUAGGGCUGCCACCUUUCACAGGCCAGACCCGGACCCCUCUCUCAGUCGGCCUAGGUCUGUUAUCAAGACUGUGCAGUUUAUUGACCAGAUCUCGGUACAAAUUAAUUACUACACCAAUUACACCAGACUGGCCCGGGUCAAAUCCAGACGAGUGGCGACCCUAGGUUUCUGUUAGGGGUUGGGUGUAGGGGUUGGGGUUUAAGGUUAGGGACAGUAGGACCCAUAUGUGGGGACCAUUCCCAGCCGUGAAAUGGACAGAAUGUCACGAAUAAUGUAGAAUAGGUUAUGUUACACAGCCCAAUAUGUACACCAUUGGUUGCAAACUCGAGGUACAGCACAAAGAGAACUGUUGUAUCGUUACAAGUGUCAGGUAUUCUUGUAUUUGGGAUACAACGGGUAAUAAAAGACACUUGUACCCAA